CCAGCUGCUAGCAGAGGUUACCCUGAGUGUUUUAACAGGGAAUAUUUACAGCCUAAUAGUUCGGAAGAGAUGAUUGCACUAAUUUUCUUCUCUGCCCUGCUGUGGGACGAGGCACAAGCGUGGGGAUUCAAGGACGGAGUGCUGCAUAACUCUAUUUGGUUAGAACGAGCAGCUGGAGUGUAUCACAGGGAGUCACGCUCCGGGAAGUACCAGCUCACCUAUGCAGAAGCGAAGGCGGUGUGUGAAUACGAGGGAGGACAUCUGGCCACGUAUCAGCAGCUGGAGGCGGCGAGAAAAAUAGGUUUCCACGUGUGUGCUGCUGGCUGGAUGGCAAAAGGCAGAGUUGGUUAUCCCAUAGUAAAAGCUGGAGCCAACUGUGGCUUUGGAAAAACCGGUAUUGUGGAUUAUGGGAUUCGCCUCAACAGAAGCGAGAGAUGGGAUGCCUACUGCUACAACCCUAACGGAAAAGAAUGUGGUGGAGUCUUCACAGAUUCAAAACAUGUUUUUAAGUCACCAGGAUACCCAAAUGAAUAUGAAAACGAUCAAAUUUGCUACUGGCAUAUUAGAGUAAAGUAUGGACAACGUAUUCAUCUCCAGUUUCUAGAGUUUGAUGUUGAAGACGACACUGCUUGUAUGGCCGAUUUCUUGGAAAUCUAUGAUAGCUAUGAUGAUGUCAAUGGCUUUGUGGGCAGGUUUUGUGGAGAUGAAUUGCCAGAUGAUAUCAUUAGCACAGGCAAUGUUAUGACCUUGAAGUUUUUGACAGAUGCCUCAGUGACUGCUGGUGGUUUUCAAAUUAGAUAUAUGACUAUGGACAUGCCUUCAAAGUCAAGUGAUGGAAAGAAUACAACAUCCCAAGGGAAAACAAACUUCUUAUCUGGAAAAUUUGGUAUUAUAUGAGCAGAGUAAUGAGAUACACUCA